CCGCUUGCGAUUAACUUCUCUACCCCAUACUAGAUAUCACUUUAUUUCGGGACUCGUCUUCACCGUCCGUCGUGAUCGGACACCGCACAUCCCUUCUUCGCUUCUAAUUAUAACCUUCUCCACGUCACGCUGCUGCUGCUGCUGCUGCUGCCCCGUGGCUUGGCGGGCAUCGCCAUCCUUGCUCCCACGUCAUCUCGUGAAACCACCCUUCUCGUUCUCCCGCGUCUUCCGCUCAACCUCGCAGCGCUUCGCCUCGACGCCCACUUUCUACCACCCUCUAGUCCAGAUCUUGGCAUGGGAUAUGCGGAUCGGGCGCUGACACCGACUGUCUAGUGAAUAUCUACGAUCCAGUCGAAACCAUUGGAUCCUGAGCAAUGGCGCGCCAGUUCCAGCCAUACGAGCCGGAGCUUCACAAGCUCUCAUCGGGCACCUCUGACAGCCCAAGCUCUCCUUAUCCACGCGGGGGUACUCCCCUCUCCUUCAAGCCAAAUGUGAACCGAGCGAAGACGAAACGUUGGGUUGAGGCCAAAAAGUAUUCCUACGAUGGGAACGACUGGGGCGAUGACGAGUAUGGCGAGUAUGAUGAUGAUGAGACUCCGCCGCUUCCACAACCUUCCGGCAUGAACCAAAGCACCGGAGAUAUCCUUAGCAUGUUCACCAGAGACGUGACUCGUCCGCCCCUCCCCUCAAUGGAUCGGUCGCGAUCCAUGGAUCAUGUGGGCACACUGAACGCGGCUGCUGCUGGAGCACAACGUACCAUGUCGAGUGAUCGCAUAACGGUCGAUCCUACCAACCGGACAGUCCCGAUUGUGCGCCCAGCUGAGAUCUACAACCGUAUGAGAGCGGGAAGCGCAGCAAGACAGCAAGCGUCCGAGGCCGGCUAUUUCGUGGAAAACCCAGGUGCAGCGCCACCAGCCGAGCCAGUGCCCCAGGAUAUGUCGUCCACCUCUCACGCGGAGCAACAGGGAGCGGCUCCUACCGGCGAUCGCAUUCUCCACCCGACCCUUGGUGCAGAGCGACCGUCCGAUAUCGAAAGCACGCCCGGCUCUUACACUGCUGAAGCAUCUGGAAAUACCCCUCCUAUAAUCAAAUUGCCCGAUAUGAAGCGCCUGUCUGGUUUUAACCCAGACCUGUCACUCGGGUUCGAUGCCACCGCCCAGGUAGAGCCGGAGGCCCAGCAACAUCAACUACAGCACAACCCUUCUCUAGGUUUCCGAUCGGUGGUUCAUCAAGCUUUCGAUGUGCCCGAGACGCCAAGCACUACCGUGGACAGCAUUGCUCGGUCCAAUAGCGAUAGCACGUCGGUCAUCAGCCCGAUCAUCGCACAGCGCAACCCAAGCGAGACCAAGACACCCACGAUUGUCGAGGAGCCCGAGAGCAUAUCGACCUCCAAAGAAGACCCCGAAAACAUGGUAUUCAAGCCUGGCCAUCGGCGCGAUCUGAGCCUCCCGAGUCCAAACAAUAGCCCUUCUAGGACCCCGGUCAUCAGGAGCGUCGAGGGAACUCCUCCGUCCGCCGUCGGCGAAAUGGAGACGGAAACGCCAUCGGACGCGCCUCAGAAUAUCCGCCCCACCUCACAAAAGGCCACCGUGCAACUGCCACAAGCUGGGAAGGACCUGCCUGCGCCGCUGAGCGUUGGUCUUGGGAACCCCGCCGCCGAGCCUACCAUUACCACCGGGGAUGGGGUUCCAGUGAUCAUUCCGUCGCCAAGUGCGGAAAACUCGCCGCAGGAUACCGAAAGUGACCGGCUGCGGAAGGAGAUCAUUCGUUCGUUGAGUCGGGAGAACACGCCGUCGGAGGAUCCUGAUUACGAAGACGAACCCCGGCCCGAAGCACCGCGGCAGGACAGCAGUCGUAUGCUGGACGAGUACGAGCGGUACUGGACUGAGGGCCCCAUCUCCACCUCUCAGGACAUUAAGCAGCCAGCUCCCGAAUACAGCAGUUCCUCAUCAACCUCUCAAGAUUCGCCCGCACCACCGGCCCCUCUAGUUGCCGGCUCAGGGCCUUCCCAGCAGACCUCGAAGCCCAAGCUGACCCGGCGGUUCUCGUGGGAAUCUUCGUCGUCAGGGGAACCUGUUCCCGAGCCGGGCGUUCAGUCGCCUCCUGCACCGAUGCCCGGGCAGUUUCCGGUUCCCACCGAGGAUGAGACCCCGCCGGCAGAGCCAACGCCUAAUCCCGAGCCUGUCAUCGAGGAUCGCAAAGAAAGCGAGCCGCCGUCCACGGAGAAGCCGAAGCUGACCAUCGUACCUCCCAUUCCGGACAAUCGCAGCAUUAUUUCCGAUGGGCACCUCCCUGAGGUUUACAACGCGGAGGCCAUUCCGGACUCGCACGCAGACGAGAGCAUCUCAGCCGACUCCGACCGGCGCGCGUCGCGAGUCAUGCUCACAGCCCCCGCCACGGUGGAGCCGACCUUGCUUGGGUUCCGGGAUAUCCUCGGGAUGAAGACGUCGGAGGAUCGUGUUCGAGCCUUCAACGAGACGCGGGCGAAGUUCGGGACGAUCGAUACGGGACUGAACCAAUGGAUCUCCUUCACGGUGCAUACGCACCCCGAGCACAACGACGUGGUGGAGAAGAGCACGAAGCUGACCAGCAGCGGGCCCAAGGCGCCGGUGUCGCGGGGCAAAUUCCCGAAGCUGGCGGCGCUGGGGAAGGCGGAUCUGACGCCGUCGGGGUCGGGCCACGUGCGACGGCCGUCGGCGCCGUUGGGGGCGAUGAUGAACAAGCAGCAAGUAGAGCAGCGGGGCAAAGAACUGCUGCAUACGGCCGGGGUCCUGGGGGGCCGCGCGGGCGAGGCAGCCAAGGGGUUCUUUGCGCGGGGGCGCAGUAAAUUGAAGGGUGGGGGGAAUGACAAGGUAGAUUCUUGAUUCUCUUUUCCGAUGAUGAUGAUGGGUGGCCUGACCGCGAGCGCCACGCUCGAAGUGAUUCCUGUUUGCGUUCUUUUGCUUGAUACCACGCUGUAAUUGGACAUAUCUCAGUGCUUCAGAAUGUGACAUGCAUGAUGUCGAUCGACUAGCCUGUUCUCCUUUUCGGUUUCUAUGAUUGCUUGCUGGGACUUUAUCGCCUCUAAUGCGGUGGUAUGUAGGGAUUCCAGGCAUUCCGCGGCUAUCGUCGCCCGGUGCCCCUGGCGGAG